AUGAACAUAAAUUGUCGACAUUGUAAUGCAAAACAUUUUAUUGCUGAAGCGUUAGAGCCUUUACCAGAAUUUCCGACAUUAUUGAAAGCCUUAUUCGAAGGUACUCACGAAAAGUCGAAAAAUUUUUUUGAUCGUAUUCGUAAUUUUAAUAGUUCGUUUCCAUUCGCUUCGUUUAAUGCUAAUUUGGUUGAUUUAUCAUCUCAAAGACGGGGUCUAUAUUGUUUCAAAAUUAAAGGGCAAGUAUAUUAUCAAAUCAAUACUUCAUUAUAUCCAUCUUUAACUGAAUCACCAAGCUAUGGCCAAUUAUUUAUUGUGGAUUCGACUGAAGCUGUAGAAUAUCGAUCCCAAAGAAAUGUGGAUUGUGACAGAGGCCUCUUACAAGCUAUCGAUACGACAAUUCGUCAACAUAACGUUUUCGCUAAAUCCUACCAAAUGAUGAAGGAUGUACUAAAAGAUCAAUCAACAAUUAAUCCAAACGGCGACACCGUUGAACCUGAGUUGAAUUUAAUUUUUACAUUGACACAGGGUAUGGACAUUAGACGGUACAAUUAUCAGAGGGUAAAUGAAGUUGCCGCAGUUUUCUCUACGAAUGCGGAUGGUGAAAUACCUGAGUCUUAUGUUACAAUUCAAAAUAAAACAUCAAAAUCAUUUCAGUAUUUAAGUACCAUGGACCCUAACACUGAACCCUGGGUUUAUUCUUUAUUUUAUCCUUAUGGCAAUCAAGAAUGGCAUCAAUUUAUACCAUAUGCGCGUAAAACCAAUCGAAGAGUAACGCGUGCAGAUUAUUAUAAGUACAGAUUAGCUAUUCGAAAUAACUUUAACGUUUUUUUAAUGGGGCGACGUUUAUCUCAACAAUGGAUAGUUGAUAGUUAUGUUAAGAUAGAGAAAGAUAGAUUAAAUUAUUGUAAAUUCAAUCAAAAAAAAUUACGAGCCGAAUCGUAUCAAGGCCUAUUAGAUCAUUUACAAACACGAGUCAAUAAUAAUACUACAAAUUCCAAUAUAGGUAAAAUUGUUAUUCUACCAUCGAGCUUCACUGGUUCACCACGUAAUAUGCUGCAACAUUAUCAAGAUGCUAUGUCCAUUGUUCGUAAAUUUCGUAAGCCAGAUUUAUUUGUGAGUAUGACAUGCAAUCCGAAAUGGCGUGAAAUUACUGAAAAUUUACUACCAGGACAAAGUGCUUCGGAUAGACCUGAUUUAGUUGCCCGUGUAUUUGAUAUUAAAAAGGAUGCUUUGAUUCAGAUGAUUGUGAAACAAAAUCUCUUCGGUGAAGUUAUUGCUUACAACUGGGUUAUCGAAUUUCAAAAACGGGCAUUGCCACAUUUGUAUAUGUUAAUAACAUUUAAAAACGGUUCUAAAAUAACAACUCCCGAUGGUGUCGAUAAAUUCAUAUCUGCAGAAAUCCCAGAUCAAACAAGUAAUCCUACGUUGCAUGAUAUCGUUACAAGAAACAUGUUUCAUGGGCCUUGUGGAGAUUGGUGUUUAGUUAACGGGUCAUGCUCAAAAAAAUUCCCGAAAAGUUUUCGUAAUGAAACAACAAUGGAUGAAAAUGGAUAUCCUUUUUACCGUCGACGAGACGAAGGAAUAACGUUCUCACGAAACGAUGACAUUUUUGAUAAUCGCCAAGUAGUUCCAUAUAAUCCCAAGUUAUUAGAAACUUUCAAUUGUCACAUCAACGCAGAAGUUGUUUCUUCUAUAAGGGCCGUUAAAUAUUUAUAUAAAUACGUAUGUAAAGGCCAUGACAAGGCAGGGAUAACAAUAAAUGGAAAUAUACCAAAUGCUAGAACUGAACCGUUAACGAAUCAAAACCAAAUAUCUCAUGAUUCGAGUGUUAAUAUAAUUAAUCAUGAUGAAGUACGAGACUUUGUCGAUGCUCGUUAUGUUGGGCCUGUUGAAGGCGUUUGGCGAAUUUUGUCUAAACCAUUACAAGAUAAAAGUCACUCCAUCAUACGCUUACCUGUACAUUUACCAAAUUAA